GAAAAAGAUACCUUAUGGAGGUGUAAAAAUGAAUUACAGGCAAUUCAGUCUCUUAAUCAUCUUUUUCAAUAUAAGUACAUGUCAGAAGCUGGAAACUUUAGAUGAUAUCCACUACGUGAGCCUGAGAUAAUUGUGGCAAGCCGCCAGUGCAUUCGCGUGAGAGCGUCAUGGGAAGAGAAUAAACUACUGGAAUAGUUUAGAGAUGGCUACUGCAGCUUAUAAUUAUGUCGUCACUGCCCACAAACCAACUGCUGUUACAGCAUGUGCCACCGGUCACUUGACAUCACCAACAGAUUUGAACUUAGUGGUGGCACGUAACAACAGGGUCGAACUCCAUUUGGUGACUCCAGAGGGGCUGCGACCCCUCAAGGAACUUCCUAUAUAUGGCAAAAUUGCUUGUAUGCACCUCUUUACCCCCAUGAAUGAAAAAAAGGACCUGCUGUUCAUCCUGACAACUCGGUACUGUGCCAUGAUCCUGGAGUGUGUUGGGGAUGGAGACCAGUUGGAAAUUCUGACCCGUGCCCAUGGAAAUGUUGCUGAUAAGAUUGGCAAACCAUGUGAGACAGGCAUGAUAGCCAUUGUUGACCCCCAAGCUAGAUGCAUUGUCCUACGACUGUAUGAGGGUCUCAUCAAGGUCAUCCCUCUUGACAAAGACAACAACGAACUAAAGGCAUACAACAUAAGGGUUGAUGAGUUACAGAUCCAAGAUAUUGAAUUUCUGUAUGGAUGUUCCAACCCAACAAUCAUUAUUAUAUAUCAAGACACUCAUGGAAGACACAUCAGGACCCAUGAGAUUUCUUUGAAAGAAAAGGAAUUUUCAAAGAUGCCGUGGAAGCAAGACAAUGUUGAAAUGGAGGCUUCAACCAUCAUUGCUGUGCCUGAACCAUAUGGUGGAGCAAUUAUUAUUGGGCAAGAAACCAUCUCUUACUUCACCAGCACCUCACAUGUGACGGUGGCACCAGCGCUUAUCAAGACAAGUACCAUUGUUUGUUAUGGGAAAGUUGAUGCAAAUGGCUCCCGAUACCUGCUGGGAGACAUGUCUGGUAGGCUCUUCAUGCUGCUGUUGGACAAAUCAGAUGAUCGACCUGAAGCUCUUGUGAAGUUGGAGCUACUUGGAGAGACCUCUAUACCUGAGUGUCUAACAUACCUUGACAAUGGUGUGGUUUUUGUGGGUUCUCGCCUUGGUGACUCACAGUUAGUGAAGCUCAACACGGAACCAGAUGCAUCUGGUCAGUAUGUCACUAUAAUGCAGACCUUCAACAACCUUGGUCCCAUUGUGGACAUGGUGGUUGUGGACCUGGAGCGACAGGGACAAGGACAGCUUGUGACUUGCUCAGGAGCUUUCAAAGAAGGAUCACUAAGGAUAAUUCGAAAUGGCAUUGGAAUUCAUGAGCAAGCUUCCAUUGAACUAGAGGGUAUCAAGGGAAUGUGGUCCCUCAGUGUGAAUUCUCCCAAGUUCCACAACACUAUUGUGCUCUCAUUUGUUGGCUUAACAAGGGUGCUGACACUUAGUGGAGAAGAAGUUGAAGAAACAGAGAUUGCUGGCUUUGUGUCAGACCAGCAAACAUUCCUGUCUGCCAAUGUUAAAUAUGAUCAGCUUCUUCAGGUAACUGGUACUUCAUGUCGACUUGUCAACGAGAACACGGGACAGUUGGUAUGUGAGUGGCGACCUCCAGAGGGACGCAACAUCUCAGUAGUGGCAGCCAAUGUCAAUCAGGUGGUUGCUGCAGCUGGCCAGCUCAUAUAUUACAUUGUUAUUCAUCCUGGAGCCUUAAAACUUGAAGCGCAAACUAUGGUAGAACAUGAAGUUGCUUGCCUUGAUGUAUCUCCACUCUGGGAAGAGGAAAUGGCAUCAGUGGUGGCUGUGGGUCUGUGGACAGACAUCUCUGCACGAGUUUUGGCUCUACCUACUCUUGAGGAAAAUGCCAAAGAGUUCCUUGGAGGAGAUAUCAUUCCCCGGUCUAUCUUGAUGACCACAUUUGAGGGUCAUCACUACCUGUUGUGUGCCAUGGGGGAUGGUCAGCUGUUCUAUUUUAGCUAUGCCUCAGCCACUGGCUAUCUUUCAGAGAAGAAAAAAGUUGUACUUGGAACUCAGCCCACCACACUGCGCCGAUUCCGAUCCCUCUCCUCAACAAAUGUUUUUGCCUGCUCAGAUAGACCUACUGUUAUCUAUUCAUCAAAUCAUAAGCUGGUCUUCUCCAAAGUUAACCUAAGAGAAGUCACACAUAUGUGUCCGCUCAAUGCUGAAGCAUAUCCCAACAGUCUUGCACUUGCCACCAGUGAGGGUAUCACCAUAGGCACCAUUGAUGAAAUCCAGAAGUUACACAUCCGGACUGUUCCUCUGGGGGAAACUCCUCGGCGUAUAGCAUAUCAAGAGGAGACAGAGACAUUUGGGGUAAUAACCAUGCGUGUGGAUGUAAUGGGUGACAUUGGCUUGCGAAGUGGAGGUACAGUUGCUUCACUAGGUGCCCACUCCAACUCUUCUGCUAUAACUACCUCCAGCCUUCUCAAACCAUCAAUGCCACCUCCUCCAGAAUUAGGACAAGAAGUGGAGACUCACAACCUUCUCAUCAUAUCACAAAAUACUUUUGAAGUGCUUCAUUAUCAUAGUUUCCACCUGGGUGAGUAUGCUCUCAGUAUCUGUUCCACACGCCUCAAAGAUGACCCAACAGUAUACUAUGUUGUGGGCACUGCUCUUGUUAACCCCGAGGAAUCUGAAUCCAAGCAAGGAAGAAUUAUUCUCUUCUCUUAUGCAGAAGGAAAACUGCAACAGGUAGCAGAGAAGGAGAUCAAGGGAGCAUGUUACUCUCUGUGUGAAUUCCAGGGCAAGCUAUUGGCUUCCAUCUCCAGCACAGUACGACUCUUUGAGUGGACUAAUGAACGAGAACUGAGACUAGAGUGCUCCCACUUUAAUAACGUGGCAGCCCUUUGUCUGAAAACGAAAGGUGACUUCAUCCUUGUAGGAGACUUAAUGCGCUCAAUGACACUUCUCCAGUACAAGACAUUGGAAGGAAGUUUUGAGGAGAUUGCUCGUGAUUAUGACCCAAAUUGGAUGACGGCCAUAGAAAUUUUGGAUGAUGAACUCUUUCUUGGGGCAGAACAUUCUAACAAUCUUUUUGUAUGUCAUAAGGACAGUGCUGCUACAUCAGAUGAAGAGCGGCAACAAAUGCAAGAAGUUGGAAGAUUUCACCUUGGAGAUUUUGUUAAUGUUUUCCGCCAUGGAACACUGGUGAUGCAAGGUGUUCCAGAGGCCUCCACGGUUACACAAGGAUGUGUCCUUUAUGGCACUGUGCAUGGUGCCUUGGGUCUUGUAACAAGUUUGCACCUGGAUCUUUACAAUCUGCUGCUUGAGAUGCAGAAGCGCCUUGCACGAGUGAUAAAAUCUGUUGGAAAGAUUGACCAUGAUUUUUACAGAAGUUUUAGCACUGAACGCAAGACAGAUCGCUGUGAGGGCUUCAUUGAUGGUGACCUGAUAGAAAGCUUCCUUGACCUUAGUCCUGACAAGAUGAAAGAGGUUGCCCAAGGCCUUAUGAUUAAUGAUGGCUCUGGAAUGAAGUCUGAAGCCACUCCAGAUGACCUCAUCAAGACUGUGGAGGAACUAACAAGGAUUCAUUAAGCAUUCAUAAAGAAACACCAGGGAUUAUACUGAAAAUCACUAGGAAAAAUGCUGUUCUAAACUUAGUGUGCCUGAUCAUAAUGUAGAUAUUUAUUAUUUGAUAUUUUCUUGUGUCUCAAGCAUUUGCUUCUUUACAUCAGUAUACAAGUCUUGCCAUGCAACAGCAAUAAAAAUGUUGGCAGCCUCUGCUGUAUGCAGUAAAUAUGUCA